CAUAAACAAAAUGGCGAAUAUUUCGUCACAAAACCAUUUAUUUUGAAAUCGCAGCUUAAUAAGUUUACAAUGAGCGAACUAAAACCUUACAUUACGUUAUUUUCAGUUUGUGCAUGCUUAAGAGAAGAUGGACUUUCAGUCGAAAACUACACAGGCGGAGGGGAAGAUUCCUCAUCCGUCAAUCUGCUUAGAAAUUAUUCCGGAGUUGCCUGACGUUGCUUUGAUUUAUAUCUUUAAAAAAUGUGAUAUCAAAACAUUAGGAAGAAUCUGUAGAGCCUGUAAGAGGUUUCGUGAUCUGGUAAAACUAGAUGCAGUAUGGUUCAGAUUUUCAAGGUAUCUCUUGAAACUCAAUUCUUGUGACAUAGGAAGCAAGAGAUGUUCGCUGCCAUUGUUCCAGCAGUACAGGCUAGGUCACAACUGGGAGGAGAAGAAAUGCUGCCAGGUAGUCUUGUCAAAAAACAACACAAGAUUAAUUCCAUGGAUGCAGUACAAUCAGAAUGUUCUGUGGAUCUCGGGCAAGAACGGCAUCCGCUCAUUCGACGUCCGAGAGACAGGACGGCCUAGAGAAAGGAAGGGAAAGAGGCUGCAGCUGCCUAACAGACAUGACGUGACAAGAUUCGUGGUCAAAGACAAUAUACUGCUUUCUGGCUGCAGAGAUGGGAGUGUGUAUGCGUUUGACACAAGUAAUGGACAGUGUAUUCAGACCCUGUACAAGUUGCACGACACAGAUGCCCAGGCUGUAGACUUCCAUGGUGAUUACAUUGUCUCUGGCUCCAGGGAUAAAACUGUCAAGGUGACAAGUGUUACGGGUACAGGUGACCAGGACUGUGGACCAAUAAAAGCCGUCCUGAAUCUCCGUGAGAGGGUGUGGUCUCUGGCAUUAGCCCAAGGGGGAAGGAACGUUGCCAUAGGAACCGCCGGUUGCCGAGGAGCGCCAUCCUUGUCUGUUUGGAAUGUAGAGAGGCAGGGCCAGACGCAUGUGCUCGGAGACUACAGGUACGGGGCGGGGGUGCUGGAUGUUAGAUUUGAAGAUGACAACACCCUUCUCUCCUGUGGCUAUGAUGCUUGCCUAAGACUGUGGGAUCUAAGAACAUCAACAUGUGUAAGUGAGUGGGCUGAACCAUAUGAUGCAACAGUCUACUGCCUCCAGACUGACUGUAAUGUUGCCAUGGUAACGGGCACUGCUCAGCACAGCAUGGUUCGUCUCUGGGAUAAAAGAAGCACACAGCCCGUCCAGGAGUAUUUUCUCUCACAGAAAAGUCCAGUCUAUUCUGUGGCUUUUGAUUCCAGAAGAUUGUUUGCUGCAUUGGACUUAAACACAUCCUACUUGGACUUUUCAUGAUUUACAACAUAGUUAUAAUAAUAUUUAUAACAUUUUGUUUAAAUUUUCAUGAUUAAAGGGACCAGACACCAGAUUAUACAAUUGCUAGAAAAAAAAAAAAAAUUAUCAAAAACUUACAUAAAAAUGACGUCAUUGUGCACAACCCAUUGAAUCUUACUCACAGAUAUAUAACAUCGCUUAUGACACAUGUUUUUUUCUCAGUUUUUGCGCAUUUUCCAAUUCAAAAUUUACAAGAGUUGUCUACCAUGUAUGUUCUAGUUGGUGUAUUUAUCUGUACUCACAAACAGAUAUGAAUUAAACUGUAAAACCAUUAUGCGCUAUUUUAAACAGGGAAACACAGAUGAUUGUUGCAUGUCAUGAUUGUUGCGUAUAUUAUUUAAACCAUCUAAAGCAUUGUAUUAUUGGCCUCCUACUACCUCGCAUUGACAAUUCUAGGCUUGUUUUGAGGAAAUACGGUAUUUGCCGAUUUUUGGACCAUUUGGUGUCUAGCCCCUUUAAAAUGCAAUAUAUCAACUUGUAGAACAAGAAAUGAAAGAAAUGUGAAUUCUCUAUAUAUAUUGCAAAGGGUAAUGGAAUGUUAUAUUUCGUGAUCUUAUACCUUUCACAUACAAGUCAGAACAUUUCAGCAUUUUACUAACAUUUUUAAAAUGUUUGAUUAAUGGCAAUAUAUCAAAUGAUAUUUGUUAUCUACAUUACAAGUGGAUGUCCUGGUUGUUUCUGUAAAUUGUUUUGUUCCCUGUAUUCACUUUGUCAGUUGUGAUUGGUCACCAUGAAGUUUUAAUAAAAUUGAAAAAAAUAAA